GCACAGCAGGAGAAGACCAAGGCGAGCCCCUGUCCCUUGCAGUCCCAGCGAUCCCCAAAGAAAGAGAAUCCUGGGAUGGGUAACAGUCUGAAAGCCAUAGUUGCUUUUGUGCCCUCCAACAAGUGCCAGAAGUACCUCCUGGAAGACCUAGAAGAGAUGCCAGUGGAUAAAAUGGUGGAUCUGAGCGGCAGGCAGCUGAGGCGGCUGCCUCUGCACAUUUGCUCUUUUAGAGAACUGGUCAAGCUGUACCUGAGCGACAACAACCUGAACCAUCUGCCCCCUGAGCUGGAGCAGUUGCAAAACCUGCAGAUCUUGGCGCUGGACUUCAACAACUUCAAAGCGCUGCCCCUGGUUGUCUGCACGCUGAAGCAGCUGUGCAUCCUCUACCUGGGCAACAACAAGCUCUGCAGCCUGCCCCUUGAGCUCCGGCUCCUGCAGAACCUCAAGACCCUCUGGAUCGAGUCCAACUGCCUGCAGUGCCUGCCCGAGGUGGUGUGCGAGCUCAGCCUGCUCAAGACCCUGCACGCCGGCUCCAACGCGCUGCGCACGCUCCCUGCCCAGCUGCGGUGCCUGCAGGAGCUGCGCACCAUCUGGCUGUCGGGCAACCUGCUGUCCGAGUUUCCCCCUGUGCUCCUGGAUAUGCCUUUUCUAGAGGUGAUCGACGUGGAUCGCAACUCCAUCCGGUUCUUCCCUAGCCUGGCUCACCUCCCUGGCCUGAAGCUGGUGAUCUAUGACCACAACCCCUGCAGGAAUGCACCCAAAGUGGCCAAAGGAGUGCGCAGGGUGGGGAGAUGGUCAGAGGAGACCCCUGAACCCCGCAAGCGGUCCGGGGCAGUGAUAGAAAUCACGCUUGAUGAGAAACCAUCACCACCUCCUGCCACCAAGCCCGAGCCAGAAGCCGAGCCCUGCUGAUGCUCAGCUGCCCACUCUGUCUCCAGGGAGCACCGUGCCACCUGGCUAGUCUUCAGGAGUAGGUGCACCGGCUCAGGGCUAGGUGACAGCAAAACUCUCUUGUACAGACACCCCCUUUCGCACAGCACCCAGCACUCUCGCUAGAGCAAAGACUUCCUCCCUUUCCCUCUCCUCCCAUGUGGGGACCACUUAGCGUCUGCAGUAGAGAUGAAGACACUGUUUAGAUGUUUUCCAUGGGUGGGCUGUACGUACAGAGCAUGUACGGACUCGCAGCUCUUCACCCAUAGGGCUCGCUCUUCUCACCUCCACCUUGCUGAGGCAUCCAAGCCUCAACUCUCCGGUGGGAGUCACAGCUCUGAAGUAACCCACGGCAUUCGUCUCGAAUUAUCUGAAAUGCAGCAGCAAUUGCAGCUUGAAGGUUUCCCUGCCUGCCGCAUGGGAAGCGGUAGUGGAGCAGCUGACCCAAACUGGCCAGAGGGAUAUUUCAUAUCAUAUGAUGUCAUGCUCAGUAUAUAACUGGGGGUUGGUCGGGAGGCAGUGUGGCUCAGGAAGCAGCUGAGCAUCAGCUCCGGGUGGUGAGCAAUUGUGCUGUGCAUCACUUGUUUUGUAUAUUCUUUUAUCAUGGUCAUUAUUCUCUCCCUUUUCUGUCCUAUUAAACUGUCUUUAUCUCAA